AUUUAAGGGAAUAAUAAUUGUAAGCCGUACUGCACCUGAAGGUCACAGACGCAUCCGCUGGGCUGGGGAGCGACGGAACUUGUCAGGGUCGCCUGCAUCAAGCCGCGCCUGUGACGACUGCCCGUCUCCCAGAAAGGAAAGAAGGACGGCGGUGAUGGAGAGGGAGUGAGAGGAGGUCGUGUUCGGGGAAGACGGAGGGAGGAGACGGGAGAAGGGAGGACAGGAGGAGAAUCGCUCCAGACAGGAGGACUGGAUGAUAAAAACCCAAGGCCUACAGACAUGGCUUCAAACUUCAACGAUAUUGUCAAGCAGGGCUACGUUCGGAUGAGAAGCAGAAAAUUAGGGAUCUAUCGCCGCUGCUGGCUAGUGUUCAAGAAAUCUUCCAGUAAAGGCCCUAGGAGGUUGGAGAAAUAUCCAGAUGAGAAGUCGGCCUAUAUCCGAGCCUGUCCAAAGGUGACGGAGAUCAGUAACGUGAAGAACGUGACCAGGCUUCCUCGGGACACCAAAAGGCAGGCGGUAGCCAUCGUCUUCACCGACGACACCUCGCGGACAUUCACCUGCGAGUCAGAGCUGGAAGCGGAGGAGUGGUAUAAGAUUCUGUCCAUCGAGUGCCUGGGGGCCCGACUGAAUGACAUCAGUCUCGGGGAGCCUGAUCUGUUGGCGGCGGGGGUGCAGUGCGAGCACACAGAGCGCUUCAACGUCUUCCUGCUCCCCUGUCCCAACCUCGACAUCUACGGAGAGUGCAUGAUGCAGAUCACCCACGAGAACAUCUACCUCUGGGACAUCCACAACCCCCGCACCAAGCUGGUCACCUGGCCCCUCUGCUCCCUGCGCCGCUACGGGAGGGACGCCACCCGGUUCACCUUCGAGGCGGGGAGGAUGUGUGACAGUGGUGAGGGACUCUACACCUUCCAAACGCGUGAAGGAGAGCAGAUCUACCAGCGUGUGCACUCUGCCACACUGGCCAUCGCUGAGCAGCACAAGAGGGUCCUUCUGGAGAUGGAGAAGAGCAGCAGGGUGCUGUCAAAAGGCUCAGAGCCAGGGUCCUACCCAUGCACGCCAACAGCCAUCCUGCCACGCAGUGCCUUUUGGCACCACAUCACUGGCACGCAGGGUGGCGUAGACACUGGCAAUGGCGACAUGUUCUCCAGCUCCCAGACAGACUCUGACUCGGACCUGCUUCCGGCUCGCCUGCCGUCUGAGCGCCGCAGCGCCACAGCCCUCAGCCGCCACCCCAGCUCCUUCCCCACUUACCCCGGCCAGUGAGGGGCGCUGCAGAUGCAGACUCCUUGCCUUUCCCCCCCUUUAGCCCUCCACAUCCACUGAGACUGGACUUCAGAGGCCCACCCCUCUGCCAGGGGGAGGGGGGGGGGGCAGUCCUGUGGGAGACAGGAUAUGGAGGGGUGCGGGCUCAGGCGCUCAAGGAAGGAUGCCCCCUUCUCGAACAAGGAGACCCCAAAAGCUUUAGCUCAGAAAAGAACAAAAGCCAGAGUCUGAGGAGUGGGAGGGGAAGCUGAGAAAGAUGCUCUCUUGUCCGUUGAAGAAGACCUGAGAUCUCGACAGCCUUCAUUUGAAAAUAAAGAAGUUUGAAGCUGUAUUUGUGCAUUUAUGCCUAAAGACUCAUUGAGAUUUUUUUAUUUGCCUUGGUUUUUCUUAGGACUUUUUUUGUACCACAGACACUUUAUAAAGAGUGCGUCUCUGUGCAUGAUCUUCCAGCCAUCUGGAACAGAGUCCUUUUGAAGUUUUGGGAAAGCUGUCUUUGAGCAUGUCUCGUGGAGGAAUUUUGUUAGUUGGAUGCUGAGCUGGAAUUUUUUCUUCAGCUUCCACUGGUGAUCGGAGACGAUGUGACCAAUCAGGCUGACUGCACUGGAUUUGAAAGUCCACAAAAGAUGCCUGCAUAGACUUCUGUGUACAGCAAUGGAGUGCCUGGUGUGGUUUUAUUUUUGGUUGUGGAUUAAAAUGUUCCAUUUCUGAAAAAGAGGAAAGCGGUAAUACAGCACAGAGCAAGCUAAGGCCAUGUUGUGUAGCAGCACAAUAUAAUUCAUUGCAUUCUUUAAUCCAUAACCUCUGUUUUCUUAAGAAUAAAGUCUGUAUGGUCACAGUUUUUCCUGGAUAUGCACAAUGACCUAGGUCACUCUUGCCUGUCUGUGUAUUCAUUGUGACUUACAAUUCCUUACCUGUUUGUGUUUCAGGAAAGGAUGGGUAUUUAGUGGAUUUCCUACUGCUGAAGAUCAUGGGGAAGCAUAUCUGAAUCCAUGCUUUAUUUCUGUUUCUUGUAGCUGCAGAAACAAGCAGAGAAAGUCUUGGCUUUUAAUCUGUGGAAUCUUAAAAGUGAUGACAAGCCCACUCAAGGCACAGGGCUAAGACCUGGUAUUGCCAGUUCAGAAGUCUUGCUGAGUGCCAAGAGAGAACAGAAACAUUUGGUUGUUUUACUAAUUUCCUCUGUACUGUACACUUGAGUGUGUGUUGGAUCACAGAAGUGACAUUCCCAGGGAUGACCUCCCAGAGUGUCUCUUUAUUUUUGUGGUUAAACUCAUGUGCAGUUUAACUUUCAACACACACACACACACAUGCAACAGAGACAUGGAAGUGGCUCCACCCGAGUCCCCAAAACACUGGGCUCCCAGUGUUCAGGUCUCAUUUGGAAUUUCAAGACAACAUGCUCAUUCCCUGCAAGGAAGUCAUUGGACCCUUCAGGGAAGUCAUUAUAACCUACAGGAAAGUCAUUAGAUAAGGUAUGAAAGCAGCUUCAAUGAAAAGCUGGGAAGGUUGUCAUAAAAAGGAAUAGGGUAACUCCAAACCUUCAUUCUCUCUUGACUCAUUUUCACACUAAAUUCAUUCCUGACUAAACAAGGAAUAAUUUAAUCUUGGAUUUGGUGGGUCUAUAUAUUUGUCAUCUUAUUAGUAUUGAUUUUAUUUGCGGCUGUUUUUCUUUUUUGCUUUCUUUUAAAUGUUAACAUUAGGUCUUGUUCUAGACCUUCAUGUUCUUGAAGUAACAUUUUGCACUUGGAAAUGAUUUUAAACAAAGUGUUUAGACAACUCAGGAGAUAAUCUCUUUAUAUUUUAAGCAUUUUCGUACUAUCGAGUGAUAUGCACAAAUCUCGCAGCCUGUCUUAGGGGCAAUUAACUUGUAGAGGUGCAAAUGAUAAGGGCUCUCCUUGUCCCAGCUACCUGCAUAGGAGAAUUUCAGACCAAAUACUUUCUUAGGGCUAAGGUGUUCCACUUCCCUUGGAUUCUACUCGAAACCAUAAACUACUGAUUCCUUAGAGUCAAUGUAGGUGGCUCAGAAUUGGAGAACUGUAGUAAACUUUAUUUCAUUAUUAUCUGAAAGCAAAUAUUUAAUGAGCUCUACUCUUACUUAUCCCAUCCAAUUCAAGUUAGCAUGAUCUGUUGACUUUCACGUGAUGCUGUUCCCAUGUAAUUUUUAUGUUGUUGUUGCAAAUCUGGAAUAUUUAUUACUUACAGAUUGAAUUAUGUGAAUGCAGAUUCAGUUAUGAUGCUACCAGGACAUGGUUUUUGCGGUGUUGUUUUUGUUGUCCACACAGAGUGUGGCAUCACCACCUCUUUUAAUUUGACAACCAGCAUGGUAGGUGAUUUGAAAAUCGGAAAAGGUUGUUCAUGUUAUUUUUAAGGAAGAGGGGGUAUCCUCCGCCUGCAUGAAACUAUAUAUAUACAGUAUAUUUCAGACUUCAUUUUGGUAAGCAGGACAUUCAAUCUCCUGAAUGAAAAUAUGAAAUAAAAAUUGUGCAUACUGUGGCUUUUGUAAAAAGCAUGAACAAGUAUCACAAAUAUUAGACAUAGUUAAGCCCAAGACUAGGUAUAAAUGAAAACAGGAAAGGUAGGCACCACUUUAAUUUAAGAGCCACUCUUAAUGAAAAUCAAGACACUUUUCUACAUUUAAAAACCUUCCCUGUGUGUUGGCCUGUACCAGUGUCAUCCCUGUAGCAUUUGUUUGGAAAGCGACAAACGAAGGACUCAUAAGUCAAAGGUGGUUAGUGAGUUUAAGGAGACACUGUCUUUAAUUGUGUUGAGGGAGUGAAUGUAUUUAACAGUGGAACACCUACAUUUCUAAGGCUAGUUAUAUACAGUAAUGCUGGAGUCCAGUAAAAAAAAUAAAUUAUUUAUUUCGCAUUGUCAUUGAGAAGGGCUAAGAUAUUGCUCAAUAUCUCUUCCCUCUGUAAGAUGUAUAUAACCUGGGGUAUUGUUGUCUCUGGGUUCUGUGUACAUAACACUAUUUAUUUUAUAUGGGUUGCACUGUAUCCUUUAGGCAGUGGAUAUUCUUAUGAAUGUGUGUUCCUGAAUCUGUACAUGUGUGUAAGCUUAGAGAAGUGAGAGAAAUAACAUUCAGAUGUCUUAUCACUUUUAUUUCUGUAGAGAACCUGCACACAACCCAGCUGUGUGUGUUUUGAACUGGCAAACCUUUUGUAGAUUCUCGGCCUCGGUUUUGAUUUGCUCUGACAGAGCUGAAACAGCAGCCUCCUGGAAAAGAUGCAGCUGCAGAAAACCUGUGUCAAAACCUAUCAGCCUAGUGAUACCGAAGAACAGUGUCAAAACAUUUGCUGUUAGACUGAAACUGCUGAGAGGGGUAUCAGAUUGAUUACCAGGCUAAUAACACUGAACGUGACAGGUGUCAAAAUGUUUUCUCGCAGGAUGGCUUCAGUUAAUGUUGCACAUCACGCGAGUUGAUGUCUGAGGUUUUACUGCAGUCUUCCAAAAGGUUACAUUGCGUCCCUGUUGCCAGGCCCAUACAGAAAUGUUACUGCCUCUUCUCAGUCUUUCCGUUACAAAGAGCUCACCUGCAGCAGAUGUGUACUGUAGGUACCUCAUUCUCUUCUAGGACUUGAAUUUUCUGCCUUAAGACCAUUUUUCUCUUCCUUUGUUAGAACUAUACCUCACUGUAACAGGUAAUGUUUUUUUUCUUUUUUGGUGAGUGAAGCCGAUGUUUUCUGGGAUGGCAUUGCUGGUGCAUGUCGAGCCAUCCUGAUAAGUAUUCUGUGUGCCCUGUGUAUGUAAUAAAGGGAUGGGGGAGACAGGGCUGUGGUCGAUCAUUUCGGAUUCAUAGUCUAAUGACCAGAGGCCGGUCAUACACACAAUAUUUGCCUCGAAGGAAAAAAAUGAAGAAUUUCAUUUGAAUCCAGAAUUUCAGAAUAGCAGAGAACAUCAGUGCAGUUUUAGAAACUCGUAGUGGACUACAACCUGACCUGCAGCAAGAUUUGUUAAGGAUUGUUACCUUGGGAGGAAGCACAUUUUAAUUAAUUGUACUGUAGACCUUAGUGCACUUCUUAUAUCGUAGUCUCAGUUAACUCCUCUGACAGCACUCACUCUAUAAAAGACAAUUAAUGUUCCCUCAUUUUCAGGCAACUUCCCAGCAAGGAUCUGGUAACAGAUAAGUGAGCACUUACUUGAGAAAUGUGGUUGGGAAUAGCCAAAGUAAUGACUUUCCAAGUAAAAAACAAUAGAACAAGAACAACAGGAAACAAGAGUGUUGAAAAAAAGAAGCAACAUUUUGCAAAGGAAAUGCUUUUUUGAUCAGUUAUGAAUACACUGUCAUUCAACUGUAUCUGAAAUGUUCAAGAAUAUUAGAAAGAAUUAGGGCCCCAGUGCCACAACCAAACAAGAUGGGGGUGGAGGAAGGGGGAAAUACAUUUAAUCUUUGUGAUAGUGCAUGAGGAGAAGGGAUUUGAAAACCACCUUGAAAUUGCUAGGUCACUGGUCUUGAUGAUGGAAAAUUCAGAUGCAAGCCCCCAGAAAUCAGUGUGUAGUCUUCCUAACCAAGUAAACACUGUACCCACAAGUAAUUAAAAAGCAAAAACAUCUUUAGAGUUCUCAGUGCAGAAAAUGAACUACUUUACUUUCGACAGUACAGCAUCUGGUAAUCUGUUAUACCUAGAUACUGUAGGUAUAAAAAUGUGUUGAGUGUUCUUCCCCUCACCUGCUGCAGACGAGUUAGAAUAUUGUUGAGAUGUGCUCUGCAGUUUGUACUGUAUGAUGCGAAAAGGCGAUUUUUGGACUAUGGAGUUUUGCAAUCUGAAUUGAGACAGACUGAACCGGAUGAAUUAACAAAGGUAUAUUUGAGCAAAUAAACCAAACCACUUUAAAAUGCAUUUAAUUUCAUUUUAAUUUCACUUUAAACCAGUAGCCUAUGUUUUUGUAACUGAUUCUUCUGAAACACAUUAAAAUGAGCAGGAUAGCCUACCUUACUUAUUGACUAACUAAUAUAGAUGCUUAUUAUUUUUAUUGCAGUUAUGACUAAAUUAUGUAUAUAAAGUAAGGGCCAUCAAGCUGAGAAUACUUGAGUGCCAGUCUUUCAUUUUACACUCUUAUUUUUAAUAACUACAUUCUGUACAGUGUGAACUUUGUAUUUAUUUAUACAACUGUGUGAAGAACAUGCCUACAGCAUGGUUUUGUGUAGAUUUCAUUUUGAAGUAGGCCUGUGUUUUCUUUCACUGACAGUAUAAAUAAAAAUCCAUAGUUCCACAAUAAAUUGCAAAAAGAAGCACCUUAUUUUUCCACUAAAUGCCCUUUUAGUGAUAAAAUGUGAUAAAACUGUGGCCCUGCAUGUAAUAGAUUAUAUUUUAACCUUUAUCUGUAAUCUUAUAACCAAUCUGUCCCACAGCACUUUGAAACACGUGAAUCCAAUUUUCUGUAUAACCAUAUAACCGAGCAGACAUAUUACAAAGAUGAGAGAUAUUAGACUCAACAACUAGAGAGCUCUAAUGUUCUAUUCCACCCAUUUCCUUUCUUCUUAUUUUAUGUACUGUAGAUCACCCUUUUCCUGUGUUUCUGCUUAUGGUAAUGUCUGGUGUUCUCAAUACCCUGAUAUAUCUGCAUCACAAAUUGUUUAAUGCAACGCUCAACUUGGAGACCAAAUUUGCAAGUUCAUCAGUGAUCUGCUGGGCUGGUGCAACAGCUGCAGGGAUCUUUUUUAGUUCCUCAAAGAGCAUGUUGCCAUGGAACACACACUUGCAUGAAUUCUGUUCUGAUGUGCCAUGUGUCCUGUAAUGUUUGUGGUUGAACAUUUUGCAGUUUUACAAUAAAAAAGAUAAAAUGCUUUAAA